AUGAGUUCUCGUGAGAAUCUCUGGCUACGUAUUCACGGUAAUGCAGAGGUGCCAGCCGUCAUCGCCCAGCACACGUCAGGAUUCACUUUUGGCGAGGUGGCAUCACCGGUCAAUACGCUCGCAAGCCCAAGUCCAAUAUGGUCUCCUAAUAUACCCAUGAUCGAACCGCACCACAGAGUUGAUAUUACCUACCCUUCGCUCAACACACUGCAAUGGAAAGAGCGACCUCUCAUUCAUACCCCUUUCAACGCCUCCGAGCGUUACCAGCCACUUCCACUGAUCAAUGACAGCGAGAUUCAAAGAAACACCGGACGAGAUCUCAAAGAUUCGUCACCUUUCUUCUCCAUGUGUCGAGCCUCACGCGAGAGGCCUGCCGAAGGCAUCGUGCUCUGUGGCGACAUUUGCAAAGAUAUUCGAGAGCUUUCUGGUUAUAUAGGGGUCACCACGCUGAACGUUCUGGUGUAUAACACAACCGAAGCCACGCGUCCGUUCAUUCGGAUAUGCAGCGGUACCACUUUCCGCCAGAUCGAUGGAGCACGAUCUGAUGGUCGUCGAGACUACAAUCUUCCCCUUGAAGACUUCCUGGCGCUAAAGGACCCCUCGCGAUGGUAUCAGGAUAUUAUUCACUUGAUCGAGAUGAGGGACGACCGCGCAGCGAGACAUGUGCAAACCAGACUGCUGGAGUACGUGGAGAGUCGCGAGACUGACUUUGUCACAGAGCUUUACGAUAAAUUCGCGGCGAGCUUCAAGCCGAAACGACAGCCGUAUUACGACUUGUAUCUUUACAAGGAUAGUCUUGUGGCUAGUACGAAGGCGAGGGCGUCAGGCUUGUUCAAGGCGAAGAAAGCUUGCAUGCUCUGCAAGAAGUCCUUGAACGCCACCACUCACAUUGGCAUAUCCUUCCCGUGCGAUCCGGAACAUGUGGCUGGGCGAUCAUGUGUGCGAGAUCUCUGCCACGCAAGUCUGCCAGAGGAUGUUAGAUGCCCGCAGUGCGAUAUGCGCCUGUUCGACUCCAAGACUCUCGAACAUCUCAACUACGGCGUCCUGAACGGUAAGUUCGACGACGACCCUCGCUUCACGGAGUACGAGAACUUUGAGAAAUCAUGUGCGGAUCUCGACUCUGACUUGCCUUCAAGAGCGCGGGAUAAGCCAAGCUUCGCUUUGCUCGUCAACCCGCAGCUCUUCAUGGCUAUCUGGUAUCGCAUGAUUUUCUUCGGCAGUCAGGAGAUGUCGCUCCUGCACGUCGAGGCAAUCAAUGCACCAGAGUUCAAGAUUAUCGAGGCAACGAUCGAAAAACACAUUCAACGUGUUGACGGAGCACAAACCAACCUCAGAACUCUCGACUGGUGGCUGGGACUCGCCAUCUUCCAAGCCUUCGACGUUCCUUUCCGAGCAGCUGGUUUAGAUCGAUAUGUCAAUCGAUACUUCCCAGCCAGUGCCCGUGAGGAGGAAUUCUUCCGUCCUGGCUUCCAGCGCUUCUGCGAGCGGGCUUUGAAUAGAACUCUACGAUUCUUGGAGAUGAGGACCUGUGAAUGCGAAAUUGAGAAGAGAUUGCAUGCGCAUGGCGGGAGAAAGUACUAUAACCCGGCAAUAUAUACCAAUGUCUGGACUCAGGCGCGAUCGGAUACGUAUUUUUGGCAACGGACUGAGGAGGGGAGAGCGUAUCUUGCGGAGUUUACGGCGAAGAAGCAUAGGAAGGAGAGUCUGGUGCUAGAAUUGCUUACGUAG